AUGUCUAAGAAGCAUAUAAGGAGACAGUCUUUGAUCUCCAAGAUCCAGUCAUUUCCUUUUGAUAUUUGGCUAUAUAUUCACGAGCUCCAUGCUUCAAUAGACUGGGAUGACUAUAAUUAUUUGAUUGCUUUACCACUAGGUAUUGUGUUGACACUGGUGUUUUUUAUCAUUCAGUCUAUCUUGAACUACUAUAAUUUUAUCAAUCUGAGGUCAAAGAAUGUAUUAUUUAAUUCCGAUUACUACCAAUAUGAGUAUUUGAAAAAUGAUCUCAUCAACAACAAUUUUGACAGGACUAACACCAGUAUUGACGAGGAAACUAUGGAAACCCCAUUGACAACUAGUAUUCUUUGGGCCAUGAACGGUGCAAACACUUUGAUUUUCAUAAUCUGUUUAAUCAAUAGUAUUAAAUUGUUUACUUCAAAGAGAAGUUAUGGGCUUUUGUAUUGCAAAACCAAACCUAGAUCCAAGAAUGUGUUUAAAUCUUCAUUGGAAAAUAUCUCGUUUAUUGUUGAGUUAUUGGCAUUUGUUUUGAAAUUCUUCCAAAAUGAUGACGACGAGGAAAAUGAAGGCAAUACAACUUAUGAAGGUGAUACUACCUCUGAAGUUGUUGGAGACAACGAAGUUUGGCAUUUGAAUGUGUGGAAUCCAUCGAAGUUUGCAUUAUACCUAUUCAUAGGAUUGAACCCUAUAAACAUAUACUUGGUUUAUUACUUAAUGUCUGAUGUUUCCCAUUUAUAUUUGUUGUUUUUAUUAGUGAUUGUGUCUGGGGUUAACUAUUUUUUGAUUGAAAAGUUUCUCAAUUUGGUUAGUGAUAAACAAAUCUUAUAUCAAGAAAUGUUCCAGGAAUAUAACAAGAAAUUUGUUCAACCAAAGAUAAACGUGUUGAAAAAGGAUGCUAUGGUCGAUGCAACCAUGGGUCCAUUUUAUCUGUCAAGUUUAAGUGAUAAUAGACCAUAUGCCUUUAGCAAGCUGAAGGUUUUCGUGACCCAUGAUUUGAAAGGUAAUGCCAUUACAGAAUAUGGGGAUUUAGAUUCACAAAUUUUACCGCAGCAACUAGAACCGGCAACUUCAGUGUGUUCUACAGCAAUGAAUCUGAGAAUUCCUAGUAGAACAAACAGUGUAUUGUAUGAUGAUAGCCGUUCUUUGACUGGUUCACAUUGGCAAAACUCUACAUUCCAAAAUGUUAAUCCACGACACACCACCAUUGUUGGUUCAACUCCAACUUCCAACUUUUUCCCAGACCAAUCGAAAUAUUCUGGACAUUCACCUACGAUGACGAGUACUAUAUCCUACAAUCGAUUUGACAGAACACCAAGUCCAUCACGUCGUCCGGUUACUCAUAGGUAUAGUGAUAGCAAAGGUCCUCCAACUCUAAGUCCAACUAGACUUUCACCAGUUAGACAGCCUAACUUAGAGUAUGCUGGUUACAGUUCCUCCCGUGAUAAUUCGCCUCCACGAUUUAAAUCACCAUCACCAGUUCAUCGAAAUUUACAAUUACAACAUCAAUCGUCUCCUUCGACCCAACCAUUUUCAUCAAAUUUUAUGAACAAUGUAUUUAGAUCUCCUUCUCCUACUAGACGUAGACCUUCGGAUUCUCCGAAGCCGAAACCUGGUUGGAGGUAG